GCUGUUCUUUACUCACACGAUAAUGCAGCAGAGCUCGCCUAUCGAACUGUCUUCUCACUCAUGGCCUCUGCAAGAAUCAUUGCUUAUCUCAAGUGCGCGGGAGAGCUCCGAAAGAGCCGCGAAUCGAUGUCGCGAAACAUCUCUGGAAGAUUCUCACGUUCCCAAGUCAACUAAGAUAGAAGAUUUGCAUGCUUCUUACAAAGGAUAUUCACCAUCAUCCGUAAUAUCCGAUCAACUCGACCCAAACUCCGGCAACUUCAGAGAUAGUCUGCGAUCUCCGUCACUAGCUCGCCCAUCGAUCCAUUUCAAGGACCAAAUCAAGUCUCUCAGAGACAUCGUCUUCAUAACCCGGCAGCAUGUCCGGGCAGAGAAAAUACGCUGUGGACAACAAGAGGACCUCUUGAUCAGCACGAUGGACAGAUUUAUUGAUCUUAGCAAAUCCUGUACACUCUCAGGAUUCUCAACACAAAUGGCAGAAUCAUUAAAUCUUCUAUCCCAGAACUUACGAGCCACAAAGGAUGAGCUCACUCUAAGACGUCAGAGAGCUACGGCAUUGGAGGACAUUCUAUAUGUUCAAGAGUCUCAACUUUACAGGUUUGAUGAAGAUGUCUACCGAGAUUCUGGCGAGGAGAACUCGAGGCGAAACGAAAGCCUUGUUGAAUGUCAAUUACCUCCAGACUCCGUGUACACAACCAUGCCAACCUGCGCUACUCCUGAUGAACGCACGUCGCUUCGAAAUGAGCUCUACUCUUGUAUGGGAGACUUACGUAUUCAUCUCGAACGGCUGAACACUUUCGAGCACUAUUUACAACAUGAACUUGGUGAACGAGAGCUCCUGCGAGCAGCCGAUGGUGCCGAGAUGUCAAGCGAUGCAGACUUUUUUGAGGAACGCAGAGCGGAACAAAGUCAAAUACAAAAAGAUCUGGAUAUGGCACGGGUGAGUGUAGAACGACUGAAAAAGAAGUGCCACGAACAGGGAAUCGACUUUGAAGAGCCUAUAUUGCCUAAACAGCUAUACAGGAUCGACAUCAAAAGCCCAAGCACUUCAUCUGAACAAUCAAUCGGAUGUAAUCAGGUACAGCCCAGCUCAUCAAGGAUUAUCAACACAUUUUUCAGUGCUCAAGAGCGUGUCAGAAACUGGUUAAAGGAACCAACGGGGUCAAUUAAACUGUAUCAGGAUGAGGUGCAGCUAGAUUCGCAAUCAAGACUAGAACCAGAAUCAGCAACAGAAUCAUGGAUUGCAGUACGAAGUGGACCUUCGACGCGGCGUCCAUCAGAAACAAGGUCGCUUGACAGACUCGGGUCAGUAACUCAUACGGUGCCAGAAUGGACUACUGGACCUUUGCCUGGAUCGUCACAGCUUGAAGCACUGCUACUGGAGUCGACUUCAACACCUCUAGGAAAGUAUGUUCACCAACAUGGAACAGAGUCUGUGUAUUAGAGUGACACGCAAUGCAUUAGUUCUCUUACACGUCCCAGUACCCAUCCACCGCAUGUACACGAUCAGAUGAACACGUGGACUCCUAUUGGACCACACAAGAUUGUCCACAUCUAACUACAUGCAAUCAGUUUAGUUACAAAAUCACCAGGGCUUAGUAAUGUUUCUUAAGCUGUAUAUCCAGACUCCGGCUUGAUCCAAUCUAUGUGUUAUGCGCCCACCGAUUGCUUCACUUUUCGAACGCCGACCUCGUGCCUUGCGGUCAUACUAUCAGGGAGAUUAUUUCUCCAUCAAGGUCAAUACGUCACCAAUCGAAAAAGCAUCUAGGAGGUCAACAUUGCACCAACAAAAUUCUCAGCCUGGUUGCGGCAGCUUUGUUGUAGCUAUUGUUUCAGCCCUGCAGCUGUCAAUAUUUACGUUACUGUAACCGAG